GUCUGUGGAUGAGUUUCUUGCCAAAUGGGUUAUGUGGAUUUAGUGAGAUACAAAUCAUACAGAGCUGUGAUUGUAUAUAUAAUUAUAUAUAUGGAAUGAAGUAUAUAUAAGAGCUCAUUCUUACUGUUCAAAAUACAGACCUCUUUAAAAUGAUAAAAAGCAGAGGUUGGCUUACCUGUAGUGAUGAAUAUUACAAUUGUUUUUAUCUUAGGGUUACAUCUACUACACAAGUUGUAGGAGAUUUACUACAAAAGCAGGAGGUCUGAUAAUAUAGACAAGAUUUUCAACAAUUAACAAAAUAUUGGUUUGCAAAACUUUUUUUUGAACAUUUCUGUUAGGUUAUUCUUAGAACUCUGUAAAUUUCACAGGAGAAUAAUGAAUAAAUAGAUAACAGUAUUUUGUGUUAAGGUAAACUGGAAGUAGCAGCAUUCUGUAUAAAAGUAGAUUAAUUUUAGUGUAAAUAGGAUUAAAUGCAAAAUGUAUAAGCACUAUACAAACUAUUCGCUGGGUUAUGUUGUGGAAUAUUUAGAUUCACCAGAUGAAGAGGUCUGUGCCAGUUGGCUUCUUUUGCCAGCUGAGAAUCUGUGGCAUGAAGGAAUUAGAGGUACUGCAUAUCUUGCUUGCAUGUUUUACUUUUUUGUCGGCAUCGCAAUUGCAUCUGAUAUAUUUAUGAGUUCAAUAGAAUCUCUAACAAGCAAACAAAGGGAAGUUGCCAAAUGGGACCAAGAGAGAGGAGAAAUUGUAAAAUUUCACGUUCGAAUUUGGAAUGAGACGGUGGCAAAUUUGACACUAAUGGCGCUUGGAAGUAGUGCACCUGAAAUUCUUCUUGCAACAAUUGAGACAGCAGGAUCACUUGGAAAAGAUACCAGUAAUGAAGACUCAUUGGGUACUUUUACAAUUAUUGGAAGUGCAGCAUUUAACCUCUUAAUAAUAACUGCAGUUUGUAUUGCCUCUGUUCCAAAUAAUAAUGUAAAGCAAAUUCGAGAAUUCGGGGUGUUCAUUUUGACAGCUAUUUGGUCAAUGUUGGCCUAUGUCUGGAUGUUGAUAGUUGUUGGAUACUGGACACCAGGUGAAAUAACACCCUGGGAAGCAUGGAUAACUCUAGGCUAUAUGCCAUUGUUUGUCUUCCUUGCUUACCUUCAAGAUAAAGGAUGGUGCUGCAAAAUGUGUAAAGACAAUGCUGUUGGUCAGGACGAACAGCAUAUGCGUAUACUAAACCAACGAGGAAGGGCUGGCUCCUUCACUGGUCAUAUACUACCAAAGGAACUACGAAUGCUAGAGCAGGAAAAAGCUGAGAAACAUUCCCAUACAAAACUGAGUUUAAUUGAUUUGAACGAAACAAAACAUAAAAAGAUGUUAGACAGCAGUCAUUCUGAGCCACUGAACUUCUCAGGUAGUGGUAGUGAGCACUCUUCCCGCACCACUACAAAUAUCACAGUUGUAAUGGAUCCCAGAUACAGGGAUGGAAAAGAGUCUGAUACAACUGUUAUAGAAAUGAAUUCCCAGGGUAAUACACCUGAACAUGUAGAGAGGCAUGCAGCUGAACCACAGGCAUUUGCUAGAGCAAGUUCAAAUAGAGCAAAUGCACAGUUCCGUCAUGCUAUUGUAGCUACUUUAAGAGGUACUCACCAUAAACCGAAGAAUAAACAUAGUAUGUCCGAUGUAGUGGAUGCUCAAAUGAAGAUCAAGAAACAAGAAAAAGAAGGCAAAAAGCCAGAAGGUGAUCUAAUCGGAAAGUUCACAUUUUCCUCUGAUAGAUAUGCUGUGUUAGAGAGUGCUGGUUUCUUAGAAGUGGAUAUACUCUUUCAUAGAAAUAUUCCACCUCAUAUAGCUUACAUGAAAAGUUUAAGAGGGUCUACACAAGAAGACAGUACAGAGCAUUCUUCAAAAACCAAUGUUCCAAAUGGAGAUGCAGUAGCUUAUUCAAAGAAUGGAAAUGUGAAGAUCAAUCCAGAGUCUGACAAACCAGUGCCAGGAGUUGUUUCAGUUGAAUAUGAGACAAGAGAGGGCACAGCAAAAACUGGGAAAGACUUUAGAUAUGUCUCUGAUACUUUGAUAUUUAAAGAAGAUGAGUACAGGAAGACAAUAUCAGUACCAAUUGUAAAUGAUAACCAGUUUGAGAAUGAUGUCAUGUUUUACAUUUUACUGAAGAAUCCCACUCCAGGCACUGGCACUGGAGAUCCUAGUGUGGCAACUGUAACUAUUGUUGAUGAUGACAAUCCAGGAGAGUUUCAAUUUGAUGAAGAUCAUUGUAUUGCUGAUCUCAGUGAAUGGAAGGUGACAACCAAGGUCAUACGUGACAAUGGCUUCGAUGGUGUGGUCUCUCUUGAAUAUGCAACUAUUGAUGGCACAGCUGUAGGAGGGAAGGACCUUGGUCCCAAAGUGGACUAUAUUUCCCAAAAAGGGACAUUAGAAUUUGGCCAUGCAGAAACCAGUAAAGCCAUUUCCAUUGACAUCAAUAAAGAUGCAAAGCUGAUAGACAAGAAAGACCGACAAUAUCAAGGUCCAAAGAAUUUCAUUAUAACUUUGAAGAACCCUAGUCUUGGAGCCAAAAUUGGUACAAGAAGUGCUAUUGUAUGUAAUAUAACCAAAGAUGAGUUAGGUGAUCGUUUAAGAGAGAUUGUUGAAGAAGAGGAAGAGGAGGCCACAUGGAAAGGCCAGUUUGUCAGUGCUAUGACAGUUGGAGGUGACACAGACGAUGAUGGUAACGAUAUUCCUCCAAGCUGGACUGAUUACCUACUGCAUUUCCUUACAUUCUUCUGGAAACUUGUGGGAGCAUGUGUUCCUCCUACGAGAUACUGGGGAGCAUGGCCAACAUUUGUGUUUUCUCUGUUAUACAUUGCUUUAUUGACUAUGGUGGUAGAACAGCUUGGCCAUUUAAUUGGUUGUGUUAUUGGCCUGAAGACGAGUGUUACUGGUAUAACUAUAAUAGCACUGGGAACAAGUUUGCCAGAUACAUUUGCUAGUCGUACAGCUGCAAAGCAAGAUGAACAUGCUGAUGCAGCCAUUGGAAAUGUUACUGGGAGUAACAGUGUGAAUGUAUUCCUUGGCUUGGGCAUUCCAUGGGUACUGAGUACCAUGUACCAUCUAGCACAGGGCACAACAUACAGGGUAGCCUCAGACAACCUAACACAAAGUGUCAUCAUCUUUAGUACUGUUGGCACAAUCUGUAUAAUUAUCUUAAUCCUUAGACGAAAGUUUGUUGGAGGAGAACUAGGAGGGAAGAACUCAUAUGUGAGAUGGGGAAGCAGCUUGACACUGUUUGGAUUGUGGUGUCUGUACAUACUCCUAGCCAGUUUAAAGGCCUAUGACAUUCUCAAAUGGGAAGUGUAAUCAGUAUUGUGCAGAAUGGCCUCAACAUCUUACAUGUUGUUGAGAGUGGUGAAAUAAUUACAGACACAGAUUAUAAACACUGUAUAAAUCAACAUAGAUUUCUCUUGAAAUAUUUUAUAAAAAAAAGUGCUGAUGAUGUAGGGGACUCUUGUUGAAGCUACACUGAAGUGAGUUAGAAUUUAUAUAAUGUAUGUUUGAAUGGCAUUGUAGUAACUAAGUGUAAAAAAUGGGGGUAUUUACUCCUAUUCAGUUCAUUUAGACAUUUGUAUUAUUACUAUGCAACAGUUUUUUUCUCUACUUUUUGUAAGCCCGCCUUUUUAGCUCAAUAGGGAGAGCACAGAUCUAUGGAUCGCGGGGUUGUGAGUCCGAUCCUCGGAUGGGGUGAUUGUUCUCUGUGAUGAUUUGAUAAAAAACAUUGUGUCUGACAUCACUCUGCCUCCACCUCUGAUUGAUGUGGGGAAGUUGGCAGUUACUUGCGGAGAACAGGUUUGUACUGGUACAGAAUCCAGGAACACUGGUUAGGUUAACUGCCCUCCCUUAUAUAACUGAAAUACUGUUGAAAAACGGUGUUAAACUUAAAACAAACAAACAAAGCUCUAGAUACUUUUUGUAAUAUAUUCCUCUUUAAUUUGACAUUAACAAUUAGAGUUUGAUAUAGUAAGGGUAAGUGAUAAUGUAUGCACAUUGUAAGGUUUGCAGAUAGCACAUAGUUCAGAUUUUGUUGUCUAUCAGACUACACUUUCAACAUAGAUAUGGGCUGGAGGCAGAGAAAAGGACCCUUAAGACAAAAUUUUCAAAACCAGUUUAAAUUUUUAUUUUUUAUUUGAAUAUUUACAACUUUGGGUUAAAACCAAGUUGGUGCCCUUUCAGAUUUUAGCAUGUAGGUAAUGUUUUUGUAUCUUACAUAUGGGUAAAUAUAAAUCUAUGUUGUUUAUGAUGGUUAAGCUACUGUUUGAACAAUCUAAAUGUUUUACAAAUGUGAAUUUUGUGGGGGUGGGGGGUGAGAUAUUUCUAAAUUCCUUCUACCUGUUCAGUGUGUAUUAUCUGCUGAGUUAUAAAAUAAGUUUGUAAAUAAAUUGGCAAUGAAAAGCUUCCAUAGAAUAUUCCUAUAGUGCUUCUCUAAAGUUUUAAAGUUGAUGUUUAAAAAUGAAACAUUCCAAAUAUAAAUUUAUAAAUUAUAUAAAAUUAUAUAGCCGGCUGCUUUCCUCUUGUAGACUGGAGGUCGGUAGAAAUGAUACAUUUUGCUCUGCAUCAUGUAACCACAUUUGGGUUUUAUUUAUUUUCACAGUUACAUGUAGUUUAAGUGUAUUUAGUGUACUAAAACAUUGCGAGUUUUCUUCAGACUAUUAUGAGUAAAUCACUGAAUGUCUUUAGAAAUCAUUUUCUGUUUAAUACUGUAAAUAUUGUUUGUUAAAGUGCUUAUUACUUUUGUGAUAUUAUAUUGAAUCUCAUCAGAUUUUGUUGUUGUAUUUUAUUUGUUUAUCCUUUGGUUACACUGUUAUUGGUUACAUCAUUAUUAAUUUAUUAUUCUAUGUUAGUUUAUGUACAGUGUACAGCUAUACUGGUUUUGUUUUCCGUCUACACAAAUCUGUCUCAAGUUUUAUUUAUUAAUUAUGUUGAUAUUUUUCCUGUUGUGAUAUUUUCCAUGUACCAGGGUAGAUUUUUUUAGUCUGACAGGGUGAGAAAGGUCUGUCUUAAAACAACCUGUUUUCAUUACUGAACAGACUUUCAUAGUUUCAUAUUCUGAAUUCAUCUUUAGAGCAUUCACUUACUCAAUGCAGUUUUAUAAAGACAUUUAAAGAGAAAGGCAACAUUGUUUUGAUGUUCACUCAUUUUGUUGAGAUUUUGUAAAUCAUUCUAGACAGUGACAGAAUUUUCAAAAUUUUCUCUAAAAAAGAUAAAAAUAAAUGGCUGUUAUUUUGUUUCCAUGGCAACAUAAAAUUAAUUCAGAAAAAACAAACUAGCAUAUUCUACACUUCCAGAAACUGAUGUCAUUCUUCUGUUGAGAAGGGUUUUACAUAUGAAUUCAGUAAUGUUAUAAUGACCUAAUAAAUACUAAAAUAACUGCUAUAAUCACCCAUUUUCUCAUAAUAUCAAAUUGUCAUUUCUUGUAAUCGUGGUCUGAUUUGAAGAUUCCCUGACUUAUGAAUGGUUGGACAACGCAUUUCAUAUAAUAAAUUGUUGGGCUUUCCUUCCUCUUUAACUGUCUGUUACAAGGACUUACUGUAAAUUAUGACAAACCAGUCUAGAUUGCAAGAUUAUAAAGUCAUGUAUGGAGCACCAGUCUAAAAAAUGAAGUAUUUGAUUACAUUGUUUCCCAGCAUAAUUUUGAAGUUUCCCAGUGGAAUAGGUAAACAAGGAGACUGGUUAUAAAAAUUUAUAUUUGGUUGGUAAUCUUGCUCGUAAAAAAUUAAUUAUAUCUUUGGAGCCUGAUAUAAAACUACAUUUGCCUAAAGUGUUACACAUGUAUUUUCCAAUUUCAUGUUACCUGCUAUCAGGUCUGUCAAAUAAUGAUGUAUAUAUUAAUUUAUUUACAUAUUUAUUAAGUUUGAGGUACAGUUUGGUAAUUUGAAAUACAGAUUUCACUUGUCCAGUAUAUGAAUGUUCUUGUGUCUGUGUGAAACAGAAAUUUACCUAUGUUGUUGUGGUAAUGUUUUGUGAAUUGCAACCGCUGUGUAGUAUUACAAAUGACAUAUUAACUAUAGUGAUGUUUUUGUUAUGAUAGUAGUCCACAUAUAGCUAUAUUACACAAUAUUCUUCAAUUUACAAAAGACAUUUAAAACAGCAAGAUCAUUGAGAAAACAAGACUACUAAGAGUUUUCAGCAGGCUGUCCUAUACAGGCAAACUGGUAUGUAGAUAGGUAGACCAUUUUUUAAAUGGUCUAUGUUCAAAGGUUGGGUAUAUGGCAAAUGUUAAAAUCAGAAAAGUAACUAGUGGCCUUUUAAUGUCAUAUGGUCUCUGCUCACAGAUGGUGUGUAUAGCACAGGUUGGAAUGUACUAAUAAACUUCAAUUUAAACUUUAAGACUGCUAUGUUGUCACAAUUUAAUAGUUACAUAUAGGCUGCCACAUUCAAAGUUAUUCCACAACAGAAUGCCUAGAGCAUAUUUAUGGUUGAAAUCUAGACAUAAGUUUAAGUAUACUGAACCCAAAAAUGCUUCUCUGUGAUACAUGUUACAUUUUUUUAUAUAAUGUGUAAUUGUUAACCAGUUAGUAUUGUUUAUCAAAUAUUGCGAAAAUGCUGUUUGAUGUACAAAUUGAUUAGUCAGAACAUGAAGGCUGCAGACUGGAAAAUGGCCAGAAAAUCUAUUUAUUUGGACAUGAUAAAGGAGAGAAAUGUGAUUCAUUCUCGUCUACAUAUGUGAACUUGAAGGAUUUCAUAGCAGUACGAGGGAUGGAGCCACAGUAAAACGUUAGAGAAAGGAAUUUUUGUACAUGUAAGACCACAUAUUGAAAUCUCGGUCUGUUUAUUAUCAUCACCUUUCUUGACCAGUACAGGAGCUUAAGCAAUAUCAGGUUCUUCCUCUUGUUUAAAUAAAACACAAACUAGUAUUCUCCUGAAUAGUUUUUAUGUCCAUUAUCCAACAAUGCUGCUCGUGUUACUCUCUUCUUUUUUAAGUUUGUAGAAAAUGUUUUUUUAGACAUGAAAAUGAUGCUAGGAAAUGCUGUUUCUAACCAUGUAAUAUUGGUUUAUGAUAUUGUUUUAUUAUUGUUGAAGAAAUGAAUGAAUUGUUGCUAACAUGACAUGACAAUAAUAUCAAUAAAGCAUUUUCAUUAUCUA